UUCGCCCAUUAUUCUUCGUCAGAGACGGACGCAGAGAGAGGACGGGCGGCAGCGACGUCGCAAUGGCUGCGGUGACGGAGGAGGAUCUGCUGCUUAGGAGCUUCAUGGCCGAGGUUAGCGGGGUCGAGAGGGACAACGAGGUGGCCAGGAUACUUUCAUGCUUCAAGUUGAAUCCAUUUGAGCAUCUGAACUUAUCCUUUGAUUCAUCAGUUGAUGAUGUGAAGAAGCAAUAUAGAAAGUUGUCCUUGCUGGUUCACCCGGACAAAUGCAAGCAUCCACAAGCAAAGGAGGCUUUUGCAGCAUUAGCAAAAGCACAGCAGUUACUCCUUGAUCUACAGGAAAGGGAAUAUAUUCUCAGUCAAGUUAAUGCUGCCAAAGAAGAGCUUAGGUUAAAGAGGAAGAAAGAGUUGAAGAAAGACAAUGCCUCUAAAUUAAAAGCAAUGGUAGAUGAGGGAAAAUUUGAGCAGCAGUACGAGCAAUCAGAAGAAUUCAAGCAGCAGUUAAAAAUUAGAGUGCGUGAAAUUUUAACUGAACAGGAGUGGCGUCGGAGGAAAAUGCAAAUGCGGAUAUCAGAAGAGGAAGGAAGAUUAAAGAAGGAAGAAGAAGAAACGAAAGAGAUGUGGAAAAGAAAGCGUGAGCAUGAGGAACAGUGGGAGGAAACAAGAGAUCAACGGGUUUCCAGCUGGAGAGAUUUCAUGAAGACGGGAAAGAAGGGCAAAAAAGGUGAGAUACGGCCACCAAAGCUCAAAACAGAAGAUCCGAAUAAGUCCUACGUUCAAAGGCCUGUGAAGAGAGGGUGAAACCAAAUUACUCGUCGGAAACCGGAGACUUGAUUUAGCAUAUCUUCAAGACGAGCAAUUGUGUUUAUGGUGGCGAGUCUGCCGGUUGCGAUGGUGAAAAAUAUGAGUACAACUCUGGUCAUUAGGUUUUAUCAACAUUUACGGGAGUUAUCACCUGUUUAAAGUUCUUCCUGUCGUGAAUUCUGUGUUGGUGAUAUGAUGAUCCAAGAUUUUUAGGGAAGAGAUUGAAAAUGCCACAAAACCAAGCCAAUAAUAAGAUUGUGUA